GCGGUAGUUCAUGUCCGGAACAAGCCCUACAGAACGGUGCAGCCAAUCAUCGUCAGGGUCGAGCAGUUCAACCUUGACAGGAUGGGUUCUACAUGUGAAUGAGUGUCUUCGGGAUGCCUCCGGGGACUCCAACAAAGAAACGAACCAGUCAGGGCAGUCAGGGCAAUCUGGAGACGAGGAGAUGAAGGCUGUGGCUUUUGAGGAUUCAGUGGUUGAGUCAGCUCCGUCUUCAGCCAUGGAGAUUGCUGAGCCAGCUGUGCAUCAUUCCAGACCUUCAAGGGAAGCUCCAGCUGGUCUUUAUCUUGAUCCCUGCCUCUUCUAUUCAUACACAGCUGGUUGUGCCAAGGGGGAGGAAUGCGAAUAUUCACAUUCAAUCCAUGCAGAUCAGGUUGCCGUGCCUGAGGCGAAACAGCGGCGUGGCCAAGCACGGUUACGCAUCAAGAAGCGGCUGAACCAACAUUUUGCCGCACAGAGUCUCUACGAAGUGCACCAAGAGCUUCAGCAGGAAGCGCGCAAAGACUCCUAUGCCAAACGCCUGAUCCGAAGGCAUCUGACAGGGAUCGAUUCAUCCACAUCUGCCAGAUUGGCCACAUCGGGCGCAUCGGCCGCAUCGGGCGCAUUGGCAUCGACAUCAUCAACGCACCGUACUGACGGCUCAGUCAGGUCAGCACUUAGUUCUCUUAUACUCUAAGUUCGGCGUGAAGGUUUCCUAAAAUGGGGUACCCCUAAACCAUCCUAAAUCAUCCAUUUUAGGAAGAUGUUCCAUUUAAUUUAAACUUACAUUUAUGGAGCCACAUAGUUCGACUCUGAUGACUCUGAAUGCCCACAGUUUCGGAGUCCAGAACGAAUUCCUGCCCGAAUCUGUCCGUGGGAUC